AGAUAGCCAGACUCACAACAAGGUUGGUUGUAAACAACACUAGCUCCGGAGAAAACAAUCAUUGCCAUCCAAAAUGAGAAUUAUGGGCGUCGGUAGAUUGGACAGACUCCUCUCAUUAGUUGUCCUAAUAGUCUGUUUUGGGACUUUCUUCCACCUCAUCACCAGCUACCUCUCCGAAUCUUCAGGAGAUCCCCCUGUUCUUAUCAGCAAAGAUAUUAUCUCUCUUGAGAACCGCCACCUGCCAGAUCAACAACACCAUCCUGGCUCCAGAAUUAACGUGAUAGCUCCUUUACAGCCCCAAUCUGCCACAGAAUCCCCCACUACGGAACCUAUACCUACUGAUGAAACUAACGAGGAAUCAGGAUUGCAAGGAUUCAAAAUAGUGGGAGAAGGGCUUCAGGUACCCAAAGGAAAAGAUGACAGUUUUUUGUUCAUUAAGACUCACAAAUGUGGCACUUCCACCUUGGUCAAUAUGUUUUACCUAUUCGGAUUAAGGAGGCGGCUAAACUUCGUCACUCAACCUUGGUCUAGGCAACUCGACGUAGACAAACCUCUGCUUCCUCCGCGACCUGGUGGAGACUACAACUUUCAAAUCGCUCAUGUUAGGUUUAAGCCUGAAAGGCAGCAUGAGAUUCUUCCCAAGUUUCGCACUUUCUACACAACAAUUAUUCGAUCUCCUAUCAAACAUUUUAACUCUGCUUUUGCUUACUUUGGUGCAGAUAAGAAAUACAGGCAAGGUACUGAUGGAGAAUUUCUAUCCUUGGAUGAAACUAUAUCAAAGUGGUUGGAUGAUAAUAAAGCUGGGCUAGAACCAAAUAAUACUUCCUGUUCUCUGGGAAAUAUUGUAAAUGGGAUAUCUAAAGAUCUUGGAUUUAAUAAAUAUUUACAAAGAGACGGAACUUUACAAGAAAAGAUAGACGACUUCAUCGCGGAUCUUGCACAAGAAUUUGAUUUCGUGCUCCUCACAGACUACUUUGACGAGAGUUUGGUUCUGCUCAAAGAACAGAUGGGCUGGGAGGUCGAGGAUAUAUUUUUCAUGAAGCGGUUCUCAACAGCCGAUCGGAGUAGGAAAGACUCCGAGCUUAGCCAAAAAACAGCUGAUUUAAUUUUGAAGUACAAUAUUGUAGACGUUCAAUUAUACAACUUUUUCCACCAAAUGUUCAAAAUGAAAGUCCUUGCAUUCGGAGAAAAAUUACUUCAAGAAAAGACAGCCGAAUUUCGUCGGUUGAGGACGGAAUUCGAGAGUAGUUGCUUCAUCAAGCCCGAAGAUGACCUAAAAAACCAAAGUUUUAACAAAGCUUGGAUUCUUACGGAAUUUGGGAAGCAGGAAAAAUCAUGCACUAUGCUUCAUAUGAGAGAUAUUUUGUUGGAUUUCUUUGUCAGUGAACUUCAGGUCAAAAAAGACUUUACUUUACCAAUUCCAAAUGGGGAUGAGAUCAUGAAACAAUUUACGAAAAAAAAUGAACCAAUGGAUGAGGAACAGAAAGAACUGGUUAUGGGUCUACAAAGAUCAUUCGAUGAUCAUGGAGUUCGUCCAGUUUAUGUUUGAUUUGAUGAUCUCUUUUAAGACCUAUAAUGAACUGUUAUGAUGCUAGAAUGAAUUGUUAUUACUAAAUACUCAUUACAUUUAUAAUCGAAAUUUAUUAUUUUUAUUGUUGUCCAUUUGCAUUUAUCGGUUUAGCAGUAAAAGUCUUUAUCUAAAUUAUGAUUAAAAAAUUGCAAAAUUAUUACAAAUAUGCUAAAAUUGGCUCAUAAUAAUUCGAUAAAAAUAAUUCUUAAUUUUCUUUGACAAAAUAUUUGUAAAUGAACAUCAGUAUUCAAACUUUUCUGUAUUUUAUUGUUAACUUACAAUAAUGACUUCAAAGUUUCUUAUCAGGUAAAGUCAUUGAGGGUCCCUUCA